AUGCGAAACCCUAAAGCUAACUACGCGCCGAUUGAAUCGGCGCGACCAAUUGAUGACAUGGCUGUGUCAGAGUUUAUACUCCAACGUCAAGCCAUCACAAGGUUUGUACGCGAUACUCUUCGAUCUGCAGUGGAUAAACAGAAAGCGAAUGCAGACAAACGUGGAAGAAAGAACACGAGUACAUUCAAGAAGGGUGAUCGUGUAUUGUUAACUACCGAAGGCCUACGAGAUUCAGCAGUAACCAAUCUAGGCGCGAGCAAACUCGCGCCACGUUUCAUCGGACCAUUCACGGUACUCAAGGCGUUCGGCGACGCAUACACGCUGGCCAUCCCUUCGUCACUGCGACUUCACCCGACGUUUUACGUCGGGCGGCUCAAGGAGUACCGUCCAGCUACGCUUCACGGGUUGGCUCCGUCCUCGGAGUCAAAGGCUCAUAGGUCGACCUUCCCUCUCGCCUUGCUUGACGCGCCAGCGACAUCGGACGCGGCUGCGUCCCAGUCUGCGCGUGGCCAAGAACCUGGCGUUACAGGUUCCGCAUCCGUUCAAGCAGCUUGCGGUUCGAGUGUCAUAUCUCGUUCGCUGUUCUCUCAGCCCGCGCAGCUCGGUCAAGGGCAGCUUCAGCCUCCAGCUGGGCAUCAACAACCUUGUUCACAGCCGCAUCUACAUCGUCCUGGGCAAUCAGGGCGCCAGCAGUACCAUCGUGAGGGUCCACCACCGCUUGUGGACGCGGAAGGCUAG